AAACGGAUGUUGGAGAUGUCGCGCAUUAGUUUCCUAGUUUUAAUUUUAGUGUUAACGCUAUUAACAUCAGAAUUUUGUCUAUUCCAUGAUGUUCUUGUUCUGACUGUAGCAACGGAGAAAAAUGACGCCCUACACAGAUUCUUAAGAUCAUGCAGUUUAAAUGGGUUUACUGUUAAGGUUCUUGGGGAAGGUCGUAGAUGGUCGGGUGGAAAUGUCGCAACAUCUACUGGUGGAGGACAGAAGAUCAAUUUGUUGAAGGAGGAAUUAUCUGACCUGGCCUACAGAGACGAUCAACUUAUUCUGUUUGUUGAUAGCUAUGACGUUGUCUUCAUGCAAAAUGUGGACAAGUUACUCGAGGAAUACAGAAAGUUUGGAUCAAAAGUGGUAUUUUCCGCAGAGGAAUUUUGUUGGCCUAAAGCAGAUUUGAAAAGCUUGUAUCCAGAAACGAAGCCUGGAGAAAAACGAUAUUUGAAUUCCGGAGGAUUUAUUGGACCAGUAUCUAAUUUAAAAAAAAUUAUCAACCAUGCACCUAUUAAAGAUGAUGAUGAUGACCAACUGUAUUAUACUAAUAUAUUUCUCGAUUCAACGUUAAGAGAACUAUAUGAUAUUCAACUAGACAAAACGUCACGAAUCUUUCAAAAUCUUAAUGGAGCAUUCAGUGAUGUUGAAUUACGCUUUACUGAUGAAACUGGAUAUUUAUUUAAUAAAAUCUCCACUACAACACCAGUUGUUGUUCAUGGUAAUGGACCAAUAAAGGUUGAAUUCAAUUCACUGUCAAACUAUCUUACGUAUUCAUGGACUCCCGAACAAGGAUGCCAACAGUGUGAUGAAAAUAAUAUCGAACUCAGUGACCAAACAGAAUAUCCACUGAUCGUUUUGGGGAUUUUUGUUGAAUAUACAACACCAUUCAUAGGACAGUUCUUUCAUCGACUAGGAGCCUUAUCUUAUCCAAAGUCAAGAAUUCAUAUAGUUGGUCAUAUGGCGAAAACUGCAAAUUCACAAUUCUCGUUUGUUGAAGCUUUCAAUGAAACUUUCGGACACGAAUAUCUAUCUGUAAAUUGGCUUGAUGAAGAAUUGAAUGAAGAGAUGGCACGGAAAAGAGUACUUGCAUACUGUUUGUCAAUUGAAGACUGUAAGUACGUGCUCGCAGUGGACAGUAUCGCUCAGCUAACUAACUCGAAGACACUGAAUCAUUUGGUUCAAAUGAACCGCUCAAUAAUUGCACCUUUACUAACCAGAAGAGGAAAAGCAUGGUCAAACUUUUGGGGGGCACUGGGCAGUGACGGGUUUUAUGCAAGGUCUGAAGAUUACAUGGAUAUAAUCAGCUACAACAUGAGUGGGAUCUGGAAUGUACCUCUAGUUCGAAGUGCCUAUCUGAUCUCACGUUGGGCCGUACGCAAGCUGGUGGAUACAAAACUUGGGGACGAAAUCGACAUGAAUUUCGCUAAAGAAGCAAGAGAUAAAAAUAUUUUCAUGUUCGUGGACAAUCAAAUGGAAUUUGGAUAUCUGAUUAACGCUGAUAACUAUACAUACAAUCACCUACACAAUGAUUUGUGGCAAAUAUUCGACAAUCCACAGGAUUGGGAAGAACAGUAUAUACACCCACUUUACUUCAACUCCGUAAAACCUGAAGUUACAAUGGCAGACAUUGAGCAACCAUGUCCCGACGUAUUUUGGUUCCCUCUGUUAACAGAACUUUUCUGUAAGCAGCUUAUUGAAGAGGUGGAGAACUUUGGACAGUGGUCAAACGGAGAUAACUAUGACCCACGACUUGAAGGAGGCUAUGAAAAUGUACCUACUCGCGACAUUCAUAUGCGCCAAAUCGACUGGGAGGAACACUGGCAAUAUGUUUUGGGAAAAUAUGUAUAUCCAAUGCAGAAGAAGCUGUUUGAGGGAUAUGAAGAUAAGCCAAGGGCACGAAUGAACUUCGUUGUCAGAUACAAACCAGAUGAACAGCCCUCGCUGAGACCGCAUCAUGACGCUUCUUCAUAUACGCUCAAUAUAGGAUUGAAUCAGCCCGGACGAGAUUACCAGGUAAUUACUUAACAUCAAUUCAAAGGUUAAUAUGGACGGCAUACUUAACGCUUCUUUCUUACAUUAACAGGGAGGAGGCGUUCGUUUCAACCGCUACAACUGUUCAAUCAUUGACACGCGGAUCGGUUGGGCGGUGGUGAGUCCAGGGAGAGUUACACAUCUGCAUGAAGGCUUGCCAACAACUCAAGGAACUCGAUACAUAUUUAUUACAUUUGUAAAUCCUUAAGUGCAUAAUUGCUUUGUAUAACAUCGCAUGUUUGAAAAAUGACAAGUUACUGGUUACAAAAGCACCGCCUUUUUAUUGCAUGCAUAAUACUCAUAAUUCAAAAACUCGCGACUGCCUUAGUUGCGCAUCUCGAAUAGCUAAAAAUAAUAAACUGAUAAACUUACG